GGGGAUCUCCUCCAGCUGCCUGCCUGCAAGAGGACUGGCCAGAGAGGAGCUGACUCUGCAAAGGGAAAAAAGAGAGAGAGAGAGGAGGCAACGGGACCUUCGCCUCCCUUCCUUCCUCCCUCCCUCCGUCCAGACCUCUUCCCUUGUCGGGGGGUCAAAAGCUUCCUCCGCAGAGAAGCGCAGGGAUGGAGGCCGCCGGGGGGAGCCGGGAAGGGAGCCCCAAAGAGGAGGGGGAGAAGGAGGAGAAGGAGGAGACCGAGCCAACGCCGACGCCGCGCAUUCCCGUCUCAGCAGCCAUGGGAGACGCGGCGCAACAGGAGGGCCUACUACAGGCAGCAGCAUAUGUCUAUGAUGCCCAGUAUAACAGGAACAUCCCAUUUGAGACCUCGCCAAAGGCAAUCAGGCUUUACUAUCUCUACAACCACUGGUCUAUGCAAGCAGCCACUUACUUCUUUAUUUUUGUGGACCUUGCACUUGCGCUGUUUGAGGAACCUGCUGUGUAUUUACUUCCCUUCUUGGUUACCUCAUUGGUUGAAGUUUUAUGCCUCUUGGUCUUCUUUGGGAGGCUGGUCCAUUUUGCACAAGUUACUCCUCGCAAUGUAUUCUGGAAGGACACAAAGAACAUCUGCAUCAUGAUAUCAAUAUUGGUGACUUUGAUCGACCUCAUUGUCUACGGUGCUCUUCGGAUCUCAGCCAUUCGUGGCAUCCGGUGGUCAAGACCUUUGCGGCCCGUUUUCUUAAUAAAUUUUGCAGAAAGUCGUCAGAUCCGUCGAGCCUUCCGUAGCAUCCGAAACACUCUUCCAGAGAUCACCUACGUCUUUUUACUGUUCAUGUUCAGUGUCCUGAUGUUUUCUCUUAUGGCUCUGAAGCUAUUUGGAGACAGGAAUUUGAAGACUGUGGAAGGCUCUCCAUAUUUUACAAAUUACCUUGAAAUUGUAUUCAAUAUGUAUGUGCUGGUGACUACAGCAAAUAGCCCUGACGUCAUGAUGCCUGCCUAUGACUUCAGUUGGUGGUACUGCCUGUUCUUCAUAGUUUAUGUUAUAAUCAACACAUACAUCUUCAUGUCAGUUUUCUUGGCUGUUGUGUACAACAAUUACAGAAAACACUUGAAGAAUGAGAUCCGCAAACUUGCUUAUAUGAAACGGCGCAAGAUGAUAGAAGCUUUCAACCUCUUGAAGGUCAAAGAAGGGGCAGAGUUUGUUGUCAAAGAAGACCAGUGGAAGCGCCUUGUAAAACUAGUGGCGCCUGAUAUCAGCACAUCUCACCGAGAGCUCCUGUUAAGGAUAUCUGAUGAAGAACAGAAGGGCUGUGUGGACAAAAAGUCUUUUAUACGCCUGGCAGAUCUUUUGAAUAUACAGGUGAUCACAAUAAAGCUUCACAGCCAUCCCUUGGACAUCUGGUUUCCCCAUGUGUACAAUUCUACCCCCAGCCUGUUCAUCCGCAGCAUGGUCCGGCACAAGGGAUUUGUGUGGAUGUAUGAUGUAAUCAUAUUGAUCAAUGCAGUCUUCAUUGCACUGGAUGAGAAGAAUCCUUAUAUUUCCUAUGCAGAAUGGGUUUUUCUUUGUUUGUACAUAGUUGAGAUUCUCCUCAAGUUGUACACCUAUGAACCCAGGACAUUUUUUGCAAGGAAUCAGUUCUGGAACUGGUUUGAUACUUCUAUAAUUAUUGCUGCAUUGAUAGCAACAGUACUCAACACUACACUUAGGUCAGUGACCAUAUACAAUAGCCAGCAAGUACUGGAUAUCGUGUUCAUCCUGCGGGUUCUUAGGCUCAUAAGAAUUAUUGACAGUAUUCAAAGAUUUCGUGUCAUCAUGAAUACACUAAUAAACAUCAUGCCUACAAUGCUGACCUUUGGUGGCUUGGUUCUGGUGGUAUAUUACAUAUUUUCCAUUGUUGGGAUGGAGAUCUUUCAGGGGAAAGUCAAGUUCUUUGCUGGAAAUACAACCACACAGCAUGCCUUGUAUUGUGGAAAUCCUGCUCUGAAAGAUAGUACAUUUGCUCGUGCCAAGUAUUGCAAGAAUAACUUCAACAACAUUGCAUCAUCGUUCAUUGUCCUCAUGGAACUAACAGUCGUCAACCAAUGGCAUGUCAUUGCCAGUGGAUUUGCCCUUGUGACUCACCAGGCAGCAAAGCUGUACUUCAUCACCUUUCAUAUCGUCAUUGUGAUUAUGAUUAUUAACAUAUUCAUAGCAUUUAUCCUGGAAGCUUUCUUUGUGGAAUAUUCCCUUGAAAAAAGUGAAGUUGAAACUGCCAUUGAGAAGAAGAUCCAAGAGUUUGGUGUAGGCAUCCAAGAGGAUGAAUUGCUGGACGGUAAACUUUUAGACAACAUGGAAACCAGUGAAAAUGAUCUUGGAGGUGAAGAAGGAACAGCAACGAAGAAAAAACUUAAAGGACUAAUGUUUAAAAUUGCUUCCAAAAGAUACAGAACUGUGGAUGCUUUACUUCAGCGCAUGUUUGAAGCAGAGAUUCCUCCAGAAGAAGAAGGGCCUUCAUUGGAUCAGAUCUUAAACCUUUCUCCGGAUGAUGCUUAUCCCAAAGCUCCCGUUUUUGACAAUGCUGCAUAACAUGGGAAUGAAAGGAAAUAACUGGAAACUCUCUUUGGCACAAUGGUCUCCUUGUUCAAAACUCUUUUGCUCAUUAACUGCCAAGUUCAGAGCUAUCACAAGGAUCAUGGGCCACUUGUAACUUGGUCACUGGUGUUGCUAUCCUUGCUAACUCUCCAUCCACCCAUGAAAGAGGCAUUCAAAAUCAUCAGUAUUUUUUAAGUGUAUAAAUUGUGAAAAAUGUGGUAUUUUUAAAGGGAAAAGCACAUUGAAUGUGCCUAAAAUACUUGACUCUCUCAUAGAAGCUUAGCAUGCUAGAUUCAAAUACAUUGUAUUAAACUUGUAUAAAAAGUAUUGUGAAAUGUCUUAAUAUUUAACUUUAUAAUCCACUUAUUACCUAUGAUGGGUGAUCUCAUGGAUUCAUGAUCAAUCAAGAGAGGGGCAGAGGGAAAUGCAUUAAUAAAUGUUUGAAGGAUGA